GCUUGUCGAACGGAUUAAUGUUAUUACUUGUAUAUUUGAUUAAGAAGACCAUAACACAGGAUUUUGAUAAUGUAAUCUCGACAUGUCUAAGCAGCGUGAUUGUAUAUAACAAUUAUCUUGAAUUAUACGCUCAUAAUUAUGUGCUACGCAUAAAACGUAUGAUAUGAAAUAUGCAAUAGAACGUAGGCAACUUUAAAACGGAAAUAGUGCAUAAAAAUGUGUCCGCUUCGAACAAUUACUAAGUUGGAUUUAAGUGCUUGAUAUGAAAAAUAUUUUAUUAUGAUAAUCUUGCAGAGAAAAUAAACGCAUAUGUUGCAGAGUAAAAGCUCAUUCCGAUAUUGAAUAAACUUGAGUAUUGUGAACUUCAAGCUGAUGAAUGUCUAGCGCGUUACCGUGCUUUAUGAAUUGUUUACCAUGAAAUGCACGUGCCAAUAUCCAUAAACUGCGUAUGGAUAAUUCCUUUGAAAGAACAUUAUCAAUAAAAAAGCGAUUUGAACAAACAUAUCAUCGAAAGAUGUCCCGUUAAUGAAUAAAAAAGUAUCGGCUUUGAAGUUGUAAACAAAUCCGACAAAUGUGGAAUAGAUUACCUGAUAUUAACAUAUUUUACGAUUAUAAGAAUAAGGAUACGAAUAUAAACGCAUAUGUGGUUCAGAACUAUAUUGGAUCAACAAGGAGCAGAUAUAUUUACUAGAAGCCUAUAGGACUCUAUAUGAUACAUCAGAAAUGGCGGCAAUAUCGACACGUCUGUAUCUCAUACUUGGCUGUUUGCUGGCAUCCGGAUUCGCUCAAAUGCAAUGGUACAUGCCGGUGAUCUACCCACAGCGUAUGACCCCCGGGCUGGAUUUCAAGGUCACUUGUGACUUGACGGCGGCUUUCCUGGACGCUCAGCCCCCAUUGUCCGGGGUUUACACAGUUCGCCUGGGUCUACAAGACCACCCGGACAACACUUUUGCUAUGAUCGAUCAGAUCAGAUACUUGCAAAGUGGAGCAUCCACCGGAGUGUUCAGUGUCCAAACUCAAAGCAACAUGACCGCUGGCGGAUAUAGGUUCCACCUAGACGUAUCUCGAAAUGGGGUUGCCAUGGGAACGUCAUACAUUUACACAACGGUAGAGGGAGAGCACGAGAACACCGUGCAUAUCCUGGUGCAGACGGACAAGGGGAUUUAUAAAGCUGGACAAAAUGUUCUGUUCCGUGUGAUGGGUAUAGACGAUAACAGGGUGGUUAUACCAUCUCUGCAAUACACCAUCGAGAUAUUUGAUGGCGACAACAACCGCAUCCGGAGAUGGGUGAAUGUGUCAGACAGUACAGGGGUAUACACCGGACAAAUGGAGAUGUCGGAACAUCCGGUACUUGGGCAGUGGAGGAUCCAAGCGACUGCAGAGAAGUACACGAAGUCUGUUAUCUUUGACGUGGAGGAAUUUGAACUUCCAAAGUUUUAUGUUGAACUGGACUUCCCGAAGGUGGUUUCUACAGCACUCAACACGCACUUAAAGGGAACCGUAAUAUCUUUGUACACAUUCGGCCAAGGCGUUACAGGGACAGUUAGUCUGACACUGAAGCAGAACAUCUAUAAGCUGGAACGAACAUUAAGGAUGGUGGACGGUCGAGUAGAUGUCCAGAUACCAAUGAAAGACAUAUCGGCCAUGUUUCCUGCGGGCCACUAUCUACAGAAAAUUUUCAGUGGUAUCGACCUACACUCCAGCGUCAAAAUUGACGUCGCAGCCAUAUUUACGGAGGAUUUGACCGGUCUCACACAGGACGCUUCUGGUGACGUUGCAUUCAUGGCUUAUGACGUCAACUUGCGGGUCACCGGAGAUGACUCUAAGAUCAAGAUCGAAAUUCUCAACUGGUCAUACGGACCGUUGACGGUCAACGCUAGUGGCAUAUAUAGCGUAUUUGUGGAGAUUCGGUACUCGACCUACACGUCAGGGAUUAAUAUCCUGGUACCUCUACAGGAAAUACCCAUUGGUCCAAACAAUGUGGCUACGCUCGUUAUCGGCGGCCAUCUUGUAUCGGAAUAUAUGAGGAAUAUUUGGGGAGAGGUUACAUUAAAAGCCCGUUCGGCUUCGAAUACUAUCCGCAGUACGACAGCCUGGUUGAGUCGUAGUACUUACAUGGUGCCGACUGAAUCGGCGAUCCGGGUGAACCAAACCGGUGGACCAACGUAUCUGGCGCCUGGUGACGUUGCAAGAUACAGCAUCGGGUUAAACGAAACUUCGAGUCCGCAGCGCAUGGUGUCAUAUCGGGUUUUGGUUGAUAAAAAAGUCAUCGACGGUGACGACUGGUUUCCGCUGAAUGGAACAAGUGUAAGGGAGGUAACUGUAGUAAUCACCGACGACAUGGAGUUCUCCGUGGUUGUCGUCGCUUGGCUGUUAAUACCAGGAAUGCAUAACAGUAACAAUGUGGUUGCAAACGCCGUGCAGAGUCCAAUUAGGGGGAAAAAUAAACCAACUGCACCAAUUAUCAAAUUUGAUGCCGAAGAGACGCGUCCGGGGAGUGACGUCACCGUCCACCUGUCAGGGGGAGAUCACUCAAGGUUCUACAUUCUGGCGGUGGACAAAAGCAUCCUUAUACUGGACGAAGGCAACGAUAUAUCAGGGAAACUGUUACCAAGCGAAUGGAUGGACCCGACCCGUCUGGAUUUUUCUUCUUGGAGUUUGAUACUUCACUCUGCUGGGUUGCAAUAUAUAAACAUGGCAUUGCAAGAACCGGUAACAACCACAACACCCGAAUUUCCAUUCACUGGACGAACAUUACACACACGAACAUCUACAUUCGCCAUGAUGACGAAUAUCCCUAGCACCACCACGCGGCCCUCCUUUGACUCUUCUGCACUCCCAUUCUCUACCUCCGCUCGUCCGAUUGAAACCGGGAAGCAGGUGACCAUCCGAAAGAAGUUUCCGGACACGUGGUUGUUUCUGAACGUUUCCGCAGGCGCCUCUGGAAAGACGCAAUUUUCCCAGAAAGUUCCAGACACGAUGACGUCAUGGGUGGCCACGUGCUUUGCAAUUGACGGACAGUUCAGACUGGCAGUGUCCACUUCGCCUGCAGAGCUCCGCGUGUUUCAACCUUUCUUUGUGAGCCUCCAACUUCCGGUCUCGGUCGUUCGCAACGAGCAGCUCGUUGUGCAGGCAAAUGUCUUCAAUUACCACACCGAGGAUCUCUACGUCCUUGUGAACUUACGAAAGAGCGAUUCAUUUCGAGGACUUGCCGUCUCCAAGCGUGGGAAGUCAGUACGGUUCGUCGAGCGAUGCGGUAAUCUAGUGGACUGCAUACUGGCUAAAGCAGGGCGAGCCACCCCCGUAUUUUUUCCUAUCGUCCCGACUGAGAUAGGAGAAAUCAAGCUGACAUUGGAGGCGGAUUCGAAACUGUUCAAAGACACAGUCAUCAAGCAGUUGAUAGUCAAGGCAGAAGGGGCUCCGCGUAGCGUUGCUUAUCCUGUCCUCAUCGAUUUAGCUGAGACCGCCGUAUUUGAAAAGACCCUGCAGGUGUCAUAUCCACCGAAUGUCGUUGACGGUUCUCAACGAACACGCAUCACCCUUAACGGCGACAUCAUGGGCCCCACGUUAGAUAACUUGCAGAAACUGGUUGUUCAGCCAUACGGUUGUGGCGAGCAAAAUAUGGUCACAACCUCUCCAUCGGUGUUUGUCCUAAUGUACCUUACAUCUGUAGGAAGACUAGAUGAUGUCGUUAAACGCAAAGCGGAAAGUUUUAUAUCAAUUGGAAUCCAACGUCAGUUGAAUUACAGGCAUUUUGAUUGGUCGUUUAGUGCCUGGGGCGGAGCAGGAACCGGAAGCACGUGGUUGACGUCAUUCGUCUUGAAGGUGUUCUCGGUAGCAACGUUUUACGUGGACGUUGACGACCUUAUUGUUAUCAAUCCGACCAAGUACCUGCUAAGUACCCAGAACAGUGACGGUAGUUUUUUAGAAAAAGGCAAUGUCAUACACCGUGAAAUGCAGGGCGGUUCCAGUGGCACGGUUGAGCGAAUUACAGCGUUCGUGUUAAUUGCUCUAUUGGAAGCUAAACGUGCGUCACAGUCCACAUUCACAUUUGACACAGCAAUACAGACGAAGUUGAACAUUGGCAUUGAUACAUCUGUCCGAUAUCUAGAGAACCAGUUGAAUAACCAGACAUCAUUGUAUACUAUCGCAAUAACAGCGUACGCGUUGGGAUUAGCGAAGUCCGAUUUUACCGAAGAAGCAUUACAAAUGCUGAAAUCUCGUGCCAAAACAAAAGGAGGGAUGAUAUAUUGGGAAGAAGCUGCACCACAACUGUCGCUGUACCAUUACGGCCCAUCAACUCAGGCCGUUUCCAUAGAGAUCACGGCGUAUGCACUUCUUGCUUAUUCCUCUGUCGGCGACAAGCGAACAGGCGCAAUGAUACAAAAAUGGAUAGUUACACAACGAAAUCCUUACGGAGGAUUUAUAUCUACUCAGGAUACUGUUAUUGCAUUGGAAUCGCUGGCAAAGUACGGCAUGCUGAGCAAAAGACCCUCAACUGACAUAAGUAUCUGGCUGAACUUCAAAGACUCUGAGAUUCUACAGAAAAAACUUCGAAUCAUACCAAGCAAUGCCAUGGUCGUUCAGACACUCGACAUCGCAACAGACACAAACGAAAUACUUAUUCGUGCUACCGGGGUGAAGGACUCGGCAGCAAUUAUAACAGUUUCUUUGUUUUACAAUGUAUUCAUGGAUCUGGAAAACAAAGACAUAAUAUUGACGGUCAAUGUUUCUUCAGAAUCUCUUAAAGGUUUCAUUGUGCGAUCGUGUGUAAGUUGGACAAGGCAUGAGCACAGCGGGAUGAUUGUUGUCGAGGUUGGUAUACCGUCUGGCUUUGUGGUAUUGAUGUCGAAAAUAUCCCAGAAUAGAUUCUUGAAACGAACAGAAAUCGAAGACCAGAAAGUGGUCCUGUAUUAUGACGAGGUUACUUAUAUUGAUACCUGUACGGACAUUCACAUGACCAGAGAGAGCAUGGUGGCCAACAUGAAGCCUGUACAAGCCAAAGCAUAUGAAUACUACGAGCCAAGCAAUGAGAUGACAGUGUUUUACCUACCAUUAAGUGCAAAAAAUGCGAGCGUAUGUGACCUGUGUGGUGCAGAGUGUGGAUGUGAAACAGAGAAAGGAAAACAUGACAUUCCGAUGCGAUGGUGCAAAAAGCAGAUAAGUCGAAGAUAAAGCGGAUGGAUAAAUAUUGAUUGUUGUUGACAUGGAAAUUAAAGCAUUUCUUUAAUUAUUGAUUGAAUAACGGAUCUUAAAAAAUGUAGGUGAUUACUCUGGAGAGAUUUUAGCGAACCUUUUACAUAUGUUGUCACUAUAUGUGUUCUUGGGUUAAUUGUUUGUCGUCCUAAAGACAUAAAAUUGCUGUUACGUAUAUAAAUACACUAAUGAUUGUUUACUUUUAUUUAGUUGCACCCGAACCCUUUUAUAAUGAGUAAUAAUCGUGUCUGCAAUUAAGUAUUGUCAAAAAUAGGUUUUAUUAGAAUUUGUUUGCAACAAACAAUUUUAUAAUUAUAAAAAAAUCCUUUCUGUAAUUUAGUAUUGUUAAGAAUAAGUUUUAUUUUCGAAUUAAAAUUUCCCUAAAAAGUGUUCAUAGAAAAUUUAAUACGAUACGUUUUAUGUUAUUGUUCCCUCCAUUAAUAUAUUUUUCAACAUUUGGCUACAUUGUUUGGGACUCUAAACGUCAAAGCAUCAAAACCAUAACGUCAUUUCACAGUGUAUUGUACUGAUAACAGAGCGUUUCUUUAACGUUUCUGUAUCAAAUGGGUUCUAUCAGAAUUUCAUGAUGGAGUAACGAUUAACUCCAGAAGCAUAUUUCUAAUCGCAUGUAAUAAGUGUUUGUACCUGCAUAAAAAUAACGAUAUAUAAUUGUAUAUCACAAGAAACGAUCCAAUCAUGUAUUGAAUAAAAAUUUUAACAGACUAUGAAUUAAACGGUUGCUGUGUCCCCUUAAAUACGUUAUUAAUAAUAUUUAUGUUUUAUCUUGUGAUAUAUAAUUUACCUGUUUAUUUUAAAUGAGCUCAGUGGUAAUAAAAAAUCCCAAUACUA